AUGGGGUUUAAUCCCUUCUUGGAAUACUUGGUCCAUUUUCUUCUUUGUUUUUUCUUUUUCGUUGUUCUUUCUUCUGGUAUCUUGCAGCAUCUUAUUGAGGAGAUGAAGAGAACCCUUAGACUUCUCGACCAAACCUAUGGUCCCCACAAGUCCUACAAAUACACGUAUAUGCCAGAUCCUCGUAAAUUGGCAGCGAUAGAAACUACUAGUCGCACUGAGAUUCUUCCUCUAGUCAUUCGUCCUCCAACGUCCUACGUUCCAAAUCAUGAAGUCUUUCUGGAAAAGGCGGAUAUUCAUCGUCUAAAACCAACUAGUGAUUUUAAAGGCACAUUUAAGGAUUGGAAUGACUUGAUGACUUGCGACAAACGACAGUUGCGUGUCCGCGGUAUACCGCGAAUGACUCGAGUUGCAAUUAGAAAUGCAGUUCAUGCAUUUCUAAAUGGGAAUCCGCCUGAACACUUUGACACAAAGGAGGAAUGGUUAUACUACAAGCAAUUCAAAACUAUUGAUUACAGUUAUCGCGUUAUUCCAGAGUUACCCGAAAAGUACAGACCUCAUCAAAAUGGAGUUGAUCAAGCACCUUUGCCGGAUUAUCGUGAGAUUAACAAAAUGCCUGAAUGGGCUAGAAAAGAGGAGGAACGCUUAAAGAAAAAAAGGAUAUGA